ACAGAUCUCUCAGUCUUCGACUGUCCUGCCAGUAUGCGAUAGGCGAAGCGCCAAAUACAAUGCUGCCCAAGUGAUACUACGUUACCUACCUCCUCAAGAUAACUCCGGUCCCUGAACUCAUCAUCAAGACCAGGAUGUCUUCGUCACGACGUACUCAUCACUGAAUCACUUCAGUUGAAGUAUAUUCAAACUGAAAAGAAAAUACCUUAGGGUAAAUCGUACACUUUAAUUCGAGGGACUAAACCAAAGUUUCAUAUUGCAGAUAAACAGCUGGUUAUUAAAUGGACAUAGUAAGUUUUUUCACUUGUAACGCUGUCACGUUAUUUCCAAAAGCAAAGUAGAACAGUCCAGAUUUAUGUGCACAUUGGGAGCCAGUCAGACAAUCCUGGUACGGCCAUCAUAAUGGAUUUGCAGAAGUUGGACGAAGCUUCUAUCGCGCUUCUGGAGUGUAUGAGAGCGCAGAGCAACUCCUCCCUGAACGGCACGGCAAAUAUGACCGUGGAGGUAACCAACCUCACCACCUGUGGAGAUGCCACCGUCUCUCCCAAGCUGCAACCCCCGCGGCAUAAAGAGAUGGAUUCUGUGAGGAUCUUGCUAUACUCCCUUAUCUUCCUGCUCAGCGUGUUUGGUAACCUGCUGAUCAUCGUGGUGCUGAUGGUGAACAAGCGCAUGCGCACCGUCACCAACUCCUUCCUGCUGUCCUUGGCGGUCAGCGACCUGAUGAUGGCCAUCUUCUGCAUGCCCUUCACUCUCAUACCCAACCUGCUGGAGGACUUCAUCUUCGGGGCGGCCAUGUGCAAGAUCGUCGCCUAUUUCAUGGGGCUGUCAGUGAGCAUCUCCACCUUCAGCCUGGUUGCCAUAGCGAUCGAGAGGUACAGCGCCAUCUGUAACCCACUCAAGUCCCGGGCCUGGCAGACUCGCUCCCAUGCCUACAGGGUGAUCGCGGCCACGUGGAUCCUCUCCUUCAUCAUCAUGACCCCGUACCCCAUCUUCAGCGUCCUGGUCACUUUUUCCAAGCCAGAUAAGUCCACCGGACACAUGUGCCGCCUGGUCUGGCCCUCCAGCCCUGUGGAACAGUCAUGGUAUAUCCUGCUGUUGUCUGUUUUGUUCUUCAUUCCUGGGGUGGUGAUGAUCAUCGCUUAUGGUCUCAUCUCCAGGGAGCUCUACCGGGGGAUACAGUUUGAACUUGACCAAAAACAAGAAGCCCGUGCUAUGAAUAACGGUGUGAACGGCACGGUGUCGCCUGUUAAUGACGAAGGCGACGGCUGCUACGUCCAGGUGGCGAAGCGGCCGAACGCCAUGGAGAUGUCGGCGCUCACCCCGUCGGGGGCGCCCAGGGUGGAGCGCCCGCGGAGCAACACCUCGGAGGCCAAGCUGAUGGCGAAGAAGCGGGUGAUCCGCAUGCUCAUCAUCAUCGUGGCCAUGUUCUUCGUCUGCUGGAUGCCCCUCUACUCCGUCAACACCUGGAAGGCCUUCGACCUGCAGUCGGCCCACCGGGCCCUGUCGGGGGCGCCCAUCUCCUUCAUCCACCUGCUGUCCUACACCUCGGCCUGCGUCAACCCCAUCAUCUACUGCUUCAUGAACAAGCGCUUCCGCAAGGCCCUGCUGGUCACCUUCGGCUGCUGCCUGCGGCCCUGCAGGGGCCUCCGACCGGGCGACGACGAGGCCAACGCCACCGGCGCCUCGCUCUCCAAGUUCAGCUACACCACCGUCAGCACCAUGGGGCCCUGCUGACUCACGCGCACCAUAGCAACGGC